AUGCCUGAACCAGCCAAGUCAGCGCCUAAGAAAGGCUCCAAGAAAGCGGUCUCUAAGACCACACCUAAGGGCGGCAAGAGGAAGAGAAAGCCCAGGAAGGAGAGCUACGCCAUUUACGUGUACAAAGUUCUCAAGCAGGUGCAUCCCGACACCGGAAUUUCAUCCAAAGCUAUGAGCAUCAUGAACUCGUUCGUCAACGAUAUCUUUGAACGCAUCGCUGCCGAGGCGUCCCGUCUGGCUCAGUACAACAAGCGCUCCACCAUCACGUCCAGAGAGAUCCAGACCGCCGUGCGUCUCCUGUUACCCGGUGAGCUUGCUAAGCACGCCGUGUCCGAGGGCACCAAGGCCGUCACCAAGUACACUAGCUCCAAAUAAAGUCUUCCCGUCAUGUCGUCACCCAACCAACGGUUCUUUUAAGAACCACGCACUGUUAUCUUGAUAGCAAAUUUUCUUGUUAGCUAGUGUAACCGAUGUUAAUUCAGUGAAUUUAAUUUCACCAAUAAUUCAUUUUUCAUUUCUCAGGUAUGUAUUUGUUGUUAUAAGCAUCUUUUAUGGGAAGUCUUUAUUUUAUUUGCGUUCUUUCUGUUAUGUGAACUUUGACGUCGCUGUGAUGUCAUUUCCUGCCGUUCUGUCGCGCUCCUCUUCAGUCGCUUUCUGGACUGCUGAGGAGAGGUACGUUAGUCUGGUGGCAACAAUGUUUGAAUGUGUCUCUCUGUAUUAUGUACAGCAUUUGAGGACAACUCACGAAAGUUACUGCUGUUAAGCUAGUUUUGGGGGUUCGUUUUUCAUGUGGUUUUCUUUUUUUAGGAGACGUGUGCAUGAAGCUCAUUCAGGUUGCUGUACAUUUUGUGUUGUGCACAGAGAAUAAACGCCCCCUCUGGAUGGCAAGAGAACUGCAGCUGUCAUCAUUCACAUCAAAGAACAAACGCAACGCAGAAUUAAUUUUUAGCCAGUGUCAGGACAGACCGGC